GAACGUGUACGGUGGUCUCCAUCCGGAGUACUUAUCUCAAAUUGUUGUACUAGAAGACGAUCUUCCUGAUAGAAAUUGUGAUAGCUGUGUUCAAUGUUGCAUCGAUUACGAAGGAUGGUUGCAGUUUCAAAAUUGUUUAUAUAAGAUUGUUAAAGAUCCGUUGUUUGAGCUAGGUAUCACACUAUGUAUUGUUUUAAAUACAAUGUUUUUAGCACUAGAACACCACGGGAUGAACGCAAACGUGCGCGAUGCGUUGGAUAUUGGCAAUAAGGUUUUUACAUCCAUUUUUACUCUAGAAUGUAUACUGAAGGUGAUGGCACUGUCGAAGGAUUUUUUCCUGUGCGGUUGGAACAUAUUCGAUCUGAUCAUCGUCUCGGUUAGCUUGCUCGAUCUGAUCUUCGAGCUGAUAGAGGGACUGACGGUGUUACGAGGUUUAAGAUUGUUACGGGUACUGAAACUAGCACAAUCAUGGACCACGAUGAAGGUCCUGCUAAGUAUUAUCAUAUCGACAAUAGGUGCUUUAGGUAAUCUUACCUUCGUGUUGGUGAUUGUUAUCUAUAUUUUUGCUGUUAUCGGCAUGCAGUUGUUCUCGAAGGACUACACUCCGGACAAGUUUGCACCGGAUCCGGUGCCAAGAUGGAACUUCAACGAUUUUUUUCACUCAUUUAUGAUGAUUUUUCGCAUUCUUUGCGGCGAGUGGAUUGAACCACUGUGGGACUGUAUGCGUGCAGAGGAGAAGGAAGGAGCAUCGUCAUGCUUUGCCAUCUUCCUGCCGGCGCUUGUCAUGGGCAACUUUAUGGUGCUGAACUUGUUCUUGGCCUUGUUGCUCAACAGCUUCAAUUCGGAGGAGUUAAAGUCGAAAAAGGAGAGUUUCGAGCAGGAAGUGGGCGAGGACUCCAAACUGGCCCGCAGCUUCGAGCGUAUACGUUCGAUUGUGCGCAAGAAGCGCAACGCCAACAAGGAGAAGAACGACAACUACGCCAACACCAAGCUCGAGCAGCUAGUGAACGAGAUCGUGAUCAAGCAGCGGGAGGAAAAGAAGAAGCACAAGCAGACGGUACUGGAGCUGCAGCCGCUGCCAGCCUCCCAGCUAUCGCUUCCAGCAGCAGACCUGCAGUCGGCGGAACCGCAGCAACAGCAGCAGAAGUACAUGAGCCUGCCAAAAGAGCUGGUGCCGCCAGUGGACUACCGCAUCCCGGGCGGACCAAUCUAUAGCCAAAGCUAUCAGGUAGAGGAUCAGCCUCAAGUUGUUGAAUCACUGAAUCGGCCUGUCUCGGGAUCGGACUUUUGCUAUGACAUUCCACUGAAAGAUCGACCCCUGCGCACGAUCUCCGGCAGUCAGGAAACGGUGUCGCAGAUGGACGAUCAGGCGUUGCCCCGUGACGACCACCACCAGCAGUCGGCACACCCUGGUGGUCCACCGCAGAUAACCGAGGUAGAGCGCAAGAUUCUGCACCAGAUGUCUUCCGGGUUUGGGACGCAGCAGAGCAAAGACGAACCGAUCGGACCACUCGGGGUGGGGGAUUCGAGGGACGCCGGGUUUGAUCCGAACGACCGCUCGAUACACAUUGCUGACACGGCCCAACCGUACGACGAGGCGUACCUGCAGUACCAGAAGUCGCUGCUAAACCGAUCGCCCAGCUACCGCAAAUCGCUGGACAAGAUCUCGUCUAAGACGUCCAGUGCCAGCUCGUCCCUAGCGCACUCGCUGGCUGCCAAAUGCCACUCGCCGCUCAUGCAGGAGGUGCUAAAUGCCGGCUCAACCUAUCUUAGGAACAGUAACAUUUCGCUCAUUCAAACGCCAACCCCGGUAGUAGUGUCUAGGCGGGAAGAUAAUCAUUUUUUAGUCGCGGAUAGGAUGAGCCAGCCGGCUUCGAUCGGGCUACCGUCGGCAACGCAGUCGCCGCUGAUGGGUGGUGCCGGUGGGGCCGUAUCCGCCCAUCAGAGGUCACCGAGUACGAGCAGCAGUCUGCGGAAGGCAAUUGCCGCAGCUAAUCGGCUGUCGGACCACUCGCUCAACACGCUCUCGAUCGAUCACGACGAGCUGAUCAACCAGAUGAACCUGAAGGACGAGCUGCUGAACUGCGAGCAGAAGGAGCUGUUCCAGUUCCUGAACGACGAGAUCGACGGUAGCAACAACUAUUUCAGCGAAACGGUCGGGUUUAGCAGUGCGAUCGUGGAUGCGGACACGGAGAGCUUGCUGCUGAACUCGCGCAAGGAUGACGUGAUCUACUCGCCCGAUCGGAAGAUCUCGAACGGGAGUUUGAAGUCGAAUCUGAGCAGUAUCUCGAACUCGAUCUUCCAAGCGUUGGAGUGCCGACGGGGUGGUAGCAUUAGCAGCGCGACCGUGGACAGUAGCAAGCCGCAUUUCGCUGUGCACGGCCCGGUCACGGCACGUCCCACGAUCGCGAUCGACAAUGGGAGCUUGCAGUCGCGCCGGGACAGCGAGGAUAAGGAGCCGCUGGUGAAGGCGUCCGAGUUUGACGAGAUCAUACACAGC